CUUGUCUUCUAACACAUAGUCGUAUUGAACUAGGCCUUUUCCCCAAAUUAAAGAGCAAAGCUACCAGAGCAAGAAACCAUUGAGCAAAACUACAUUUCGUAGCUUUCCAUAUUGUUCAGUAAUGAACGUUUCAAUCAUCAAUUAAUUAAACCCACCAAUUGGAUUAAUGAAUCACUUCAUUAGGUACCUCCACCAGCCCACAUAUGCAUGUAUCAAAUUGAAACCUGCUCUAUACUUCAUGCUUGUAAGUCUAUUAAUACGAAUUAAUUCCCCCCUCAUCAUUCCACAAAGAUCUCUUCUCCAAUACCAAUGGCUUCUGAACAAAUGCGCUCCCAAAAUUUUCGAGUCCAGUGUUACUAUGUAAGGCUAAGCCACCUCUUCCACCUCAUCUCUUUUGUCAUUGGCAUCUCACUUGGAACCGUAGCUUGUUUGUACCUCAAGAGCUUCACUACCACGUUGAGUGCCACCAUCACCAUGUACCAUGUCUCUUCCUCAUCCUCCCGGCCACUCCAAGAACUAAUUACCUCGCCGCCGCGGCCGCGGCCUCCACCGUGCCUUGUGCAUAACAUGAGUGACGAGGAGUUGCUAGCAAAAGCAACCAAUAGUGCAGGAGAAGCAUCACCACAAGGAGAACAUUCCCCCAAACUGGCUUUCUUGUUCCUGACUCACGGCCCAUUGCCCUUCUCCCCAUUGUGGGAGACCUUCUUCCGAGGUUCCACCGGCCUUUAUUCCAUUUACGUGCACCCGCACCCUUCCCACAUCGACUCGUGGCCUCAAACUUCCCCAUUUUACGGUACCAGAAUCCCUAGCAAGGUCGUCCAGUGGGGAAGCAGCACCAUGGUCGACGCGGAGAGACGCCUCUUGGCCAGCGCUCUCCUCGACCCGUCCAACCAGAGGUUCGUCCUGCUCUCCGAGUCGUGCGUCCCGCUGUUCGACUUCGCCACAACGUAUCGUUACCUCAUGGACUCGAGCCGGAGCUUCCUGAGCUCCUACGACGAUCCACGAAGUGCCGGGCGCGGCCGCUACAACCCUAGGAUGCAGCCUGCCAUCAACGCCACCCAUUGGAGGAAAGGAUCGCAGUGGUUCGAGCUCGAUCGAGACCUGGCCCUGAGGAUCGUGUCGGACAGGAAGUACUACAAGGUGUUUGAGGAGCACUGCAGACGGCGGUGCUACAUGGACGAACACUAUAUUCCGACGCUGGUGAACAUGUUAUGGGCCGAGAGGAGCUGGAACCGGAGCGUGACCUGGGUCGACUGGUCGCGGAGCGGGGCCCAUCCGAGGCGGUUUGGGCGGGCCGAUGUAACCGACGGGUUAUUGAACCGGAUCAAACAUGGGUCCAGGUGUAUUCGGGAUGGGAACGUCACGUCUGUUUGUUACCUUUUCGCUCGCAAGUUCUCGCCCGAUGCUUUGGAGCCGUUGUUGAAGGCUCAAAACUCCUCCGUGUAAUUAAGGCCCUCACAGUAAAUACAAUGGCCAUCUUGAACUCCAAGUUCCUUUUUUCAAAGAUUAGUGGAAAAAAAAUUUCUUUCAAAACAAGAUGAUGAUAAUCACCUGUGUUGUUAAAGGCGUACCGAGCUGCUCGGCUCCACCGGUAAAACCGCCACCCGGUAACAAAAUAGGCUCGGAACA